AUGGGAAGGCAGAAGGUUUUCAUGGACAAAAUGAUGCAGAUGUUUCACAUCCAAAACCUACUGAUGCGUCAGGCUCUUGCGGAAUGCCUGGGCACCCUCAUCCUGGUGAUGUUUGGCUGUGGUGCUGUUGCUCAGUUAGUAUUGAGUAAAGGAUCACAUGGAAUGUUUCUGACGGUUAAUUUCGCAUUUGGUUUCGCUGCCACACUUGGGAUUUUGGUGUGUGGCCAGGUUUCAGGUGGCCAUUUAAACCCAACUGUAACCUUUGCCCUUUGCAUUCUGGGUAGAGAACCAUGGAGGAAGUUUCCUGUGUACUUUAUAUUUCAGACUUCUGGUGCCUUUCUUGGAUCUGGAAUAAUAUUCGCCAUGUAUUAUGAUGCACUUUGGGAGUAUCGCAAGGGAAGUUUGAUUGUGUUUGAGGAAAAUGCUACAGCUGGAAUAUUUGCUACGUAUCCAUCUGAACAUCUCAGCUUGUUCAAUGGCUUCUUUGACCAAGUGAUUGGCACAGCAGCACUGAUCGUGUGUAUUCUUGCCAUCGUGGACCCAUUUAACAACCCAAUCCUAUGUGGGCUAGAAGCUUUCACUGUCGGAUUCGUGGUUUUGGUUAUUGGCCUUUCUAUGGGAUUUAACUCGGGCUAUGCCGUGAACCCUGCCAGAGACCUUGGACCCCGAAUCUUUACCUCAAUUGGGAUAGGGGGGUUAGGAUGGGGUAGUGAAGUCUUCACGGCAAAUGAUUACUGGUUCUUUGUUCCGACCUUUGCACCCUUUAUCGGUGCCAUAGUGGGUGUUUUAGUGUACCAGCUGAUGGUAGGAUUCCAUUUGGAAGGAGAAGCCCAAGACAGGGAAGAAGCGCAAGAAGCACAGGCUCACAGAGAGAAAGAAAGUUUGAAGUCCUCCGAAGCAUCUGGGUAA